UAUGAUCCAUCCUCUCAUUUGCACCACAAAAAUGUCUCUUCGUGGACUGUCGUUUAAAGAAGAGAAAGGGAAUUAUACCUUAAGAUUGGAUCCAAAUCAGAUAGAAGACAUAAGGUUUCUGAGCUACUUUCCUCCACCCACGGGCAAAUCAGAGAGUGGACAGUUAGAGGAAUGGGGAGAUAGAAUUCGUUUUAUCGUUGCAGAUCUGCACAAACUUCUGCAACUGAGCCACGAGAAGUUCUGGUGUCAAGCAGUAUUUGAUGCAUCCCUUCAUAAUUUAGUAGAAACCUAUUUGAAGAAUGCUCCAAGAACCCAUGAUGUGAUUUCAUUAUGUGAUCUAACUGAGGAUUUUCAAGAACAACAUGCUGAGCUUCACAAAUUGAUCUUUAUGACUUGUCUCAGAUUUGCUACUCAUAAAGAGGAUAAAGGACACUCCAUAGCGCCAUCUGUGUUUGGUGAGAUCAUCUAUGAAAAUUACAUCUUUGACAUUCCAAAAUUGUUUGACUUGUGUGUAUUAUAUGCUGAAAAUGGGCAGAUUUUGUCAAAAAUGAUAGAAAACAUAUUUAACCAACAGCCAAAGUAUAAUGAAGACCUGUGUUGUGCAAUUCCAACGAUUUUCCAUGUAUUACAAGAGAUGAGAAAGGAAUGUGGCAUGUCUCUGCCAUCCACAGAGGGAAGUGAAUCACCAAAGAAGACAAGUAAUGUCAGUACAGAAGAGAUAACUAUAAGUACACCUGAACUACAAGAUCUCAUCUUUUAUCUAGCAGAUAUUGGAAGAACACUUUCUAGUUUUUUGGAUGUCUACCCACCAGCAUCACACAUUUUUCAUGAAGAAUGCUUCAUAGGGAAAAUUUCAGAGGCGUAUGAUUUGGUACCAGCACUGUUAGCUGUUAUAAAAAACAGGGAAUUUGAGAGCUACACGCAAAAGAAGCUGUUGCGGAGAAAACUGGCACAAGCCAAGAAGUUCUUGAUGUUAACUGUUCAUUUGAUUAUAACUCACUGCUAUUUAAACCCCAUUCUUGAAAACAGUGGCUCUUCAGAUGAACACGUCGAGGGAUUCAUUCAGACACUUUCUGGCUUGCUUAAUGAACGACGGUUCCUGGCAGACUUUGAAAGUUGUCAUCCUUUUCAAGACUAUGCAGACAUUUUAACUCAGUGUCCAUGUGACAUUGAUGAAAAAAGGAUCCAGUACAUUCAGGAGGCCUUUAGCUCUGCCUUUGCCACCUAUGGAAAGAGGAAGAAACCCACUGGUGCCACCACAAGAGGUGGAAGGACCUCCCCAGAUGGAUCCCCGGGGCCGAUGGAAGAGGAUAUUGCUGGUGGCACUGUACCCAUGCCCAUCCAACAACCAGCAAAUAACACAGAAAAUUAUGACUUUAUGGGAGCUUGCGCUCCAAGGAAAACAGGUGUAGAGUUGGACUCCUUGAUAGCAGCAGUAAAAGAUUUGUUACCUGACUUAGGAGAAGGAUUUAUAGAGCUGUGUUUAGAGGAGUAUGGAUAUGACAUUGAAAAAGUCAUCAAUUCUGUCCUUGAAGAUAAACUGCCACCAUCACUUGAAGAUUUAGACAGAAGCAUGGCUAGACAGCAAUAUGAACAGUCUGAAGACUUAGUCAUUUCACAGAGAGCUAAUGUAUUUGAUCAUGAUGAAUUUGAUGUAUUCAGCAGGGAUAAAGUUGACAUGUCAAAGGUUUACAAAGGGAAGAAAGGAAAGACCGAUACUGUGGACCUGGAUAAAAAUGACAUGGCUUCAUUGAAUCCAAAAUUGGCAGAGAAGUAUGGAUACGAAAUGGUAGAAGUAGAAGAUGAGCUGUAUGAUGAUGAAUAUGAUGACACUUAUGAUACAAUUAAUGUUGGUGCUGACGAUGCAGAUUCGGCUGAUGAAUUGUCCCAACGGAGGCAGUUUACAGUUCCAAGAGUGUUGCAACAAAAACAAGACGUUGUAACCGAUAGCGAUGAAAGUUCAGAGGAAUUGUUCGAGGAAACCCCAGUGAAAGAUGAGUUUGUUCCUAAUCCAGCUUUGAUUCGCCAGAGAGCCGAGGAGAGAGCUCAGUGGAAAGCUCAACGAAGGACUCAAGGUCAGAGGUCAAACUUCAAAGGUCAACAACAUGAACAAGAGAAAAAAUAUGAUGUCAAAGGUGAACCAAAGGGUCGUGGGCAGUCAGACGAAGUAUUGAAAAAUAGAGCUUGGAAAGAAAAGCACAAGUCCAGUCGAGCUAAUCAUAAUCGAAGAUAUUUUUCAGACAAGAAGAGAAUGGGAUUUGGUGGCCCACCAAAAUGAUUCCUGAAAACUGUUCUGUGCAAAUUUUGAGAAAUAUUUAUUAAAACUUUAAAAAUGAAUGCUUUCAACUUUGUAUUCUUACGCAGUAUAGUAUUAUAACUUAACUUACUACAAAGGGACACUUGAAGUGUUUUAAGAUUUUAGAGAAUGUUAAAGCUAAGUUAAUGUACAUGUAGUUGUAAGAAGAGGCUCAUUGGCCUUGAUCUGAUGAGAAACCUAGUCAUUCAGCAAGAGUUCUAAUGUGGCCUGACAGUCAUACUAUGUAUGCUUAUUUUUUCUGACUCCUUCAAUUUGAACAAGAAAAUUUAGAGAAAUUGUGGUCCCUUGCUUUUGGGGUCUUAAUUUGUUGGAUGCGGCAAUGAUUUAUGGCUUAAUUAAUGUAACUGUUAGUCCAGUCAAUGAUUUUUAAACAUAAUAAAUUGUUUUGUUAUAAAUAAACUCUGGAAUGUAUAAAAAUAUGUGAAGUAAAAUAAAUCUUACAAAAUUGGAAGAGAGGAAA